AGUCACGGAUGCCAGCACCACCUUCUUUCAUGUGAUUCAUAAUUGCCUUUCUUUUUAUGCCAUGCGCUGUUUAUAUUUAACUGUGCAGUCAGAGUUCCAGUUGAAUUUAUGAGUUCACCGAUUUCUGUACAGGUCAGAUUUAAAGGCAUUGCAAGAAACAAUGUGGCAGGUGAACAGUCUUGAGAUGAGCUGUUGUUUCUUCUGUGUUAUGCUUCUGCUCCAGAUCACUCCUGCAGAAACCCUUGAUGUAUCCAAAUCUAUCGAAGAUAACCACAACCUCCUCAUAGGUGUCACUGCUUUAGUCUCCAUUCUCCUUCUCAUCGUCAUCAUCAUUGUGUUCUACUAUUGCUGCUGUUCAGUUAAUCAUUCAAAGGAUCCUGAAAGAGAUUCUGAAAAAGGGUUACUCAUUCCUGAAAAUUCUGAAGGAAAAACCCCUGCAGAAGAAGUUUCACCUUCAGAAGAAACCAUUAUCUCAGCUUCAGAAAAAGUUGAUAAGACAGAAUCCGUAAGGAGAAGAAUUGAAUACCUGGAGAAACUCGUCUUUUGGGAAAAAAAUUCUGUAACCUUAGAUGCUGACACAGCUCACCCUAGACUGGAAGUCUUCAAUGAAGGAAAGAGUGUAAAGGAUACAGGGACUAUUAGAGAUGUGGCCAUGAAUAGCAAAAGGUUCGACUCCCACAUCUUCAUCUUGGCAACUGAGGGUUUCAACACUGGCAAGCACUAUUGGGAAGUGGAUGUGGGAAAGAAAAAUAACUGGGAACUGGGAGUAGCUUCUGAAGCUGUGACUAGGAAAGGGACAGUGAUUCUCUGCCCCAGAAAUGGCUUUUGGGUCAUGGCACUGUCUGAUGGGAUAGAAUAUUGGGCCUGCACUGACCCUUGGACGCGUUUGAAUGUAAGGUCGAAACCACAAAAGAUUGGGAUACUACUGGACAUCUCAGCUGGACAACUAUCAUUCUAUGAUCCCCAAGGUCAAAUGACUCUCUAUACUUUCAACAUUGCUGAGAGUGAUAAGAAAGGGAAGUUCUUUCCCUUUUUUUCCUUGGGUAGCAGCGCUGGAAAGAAAGACCCUGAGCCAAUAACGUUGUGUUCUUAUGGUGAGUAGUCAGUGAAAUCUGCUGUAGGCACUAACACAUGUAUCUUCAUGGAGAAAACUAUCUUGCUGCCUUGCCUCAUUCUCCUUGUAUCCUCAUGCCACUGCUGAUUUGCACAGACCUUGGAACAGAUUAUGUGUCCCUUCAUUUGCCUACAGAGUGCCUCCAUCACUUUAGGUCUUGUCAAGGUGAAUCUUUAUUGGGACUCUUGGGCUCAUCACUACACAUUGGAACUGCAUCGUCAUGUAGGUAUUAACCUGUCAAACAAUGAUCUCCAUUUUUGCUUUUAAUGUGAAGAAUAAAAUCAGUAUUUUCCCAG